AUGUCGGAACAUAGUAAAGAAACAGAACUCUCGAGGGAAAUUCCUGUUGAGAAGCAGGAGACUUCUUCGAAUGUUAUUGAUAACGUAACAUCACAAUCUGAAGAGAAUAAAGAUGAAAUCGAAGCUCAAGAAGUCGAGAGGGAAACCGAGGAGGAACAACAGGAACGUAGUGGUGCAUCCAACGAAAAUAUAACACCAUCGGCACCUGCAAUCGCAGAUUUAGAAGAAGAUAUUCAGAAGUUGAAUAAGUUCAAAAAGUUACAAGAAACUAAACAAACGAAUGAACCAACAACUGCUACAAGAACGAAAGAAUCAAUCAAAGAUGUAAGAGACGAUGAUACCAAAGACAGGUUUGAAGAAGGGGAUGAUGUGCUUGAAGAAGAUAUUGAAGAUGAACAAACACGUAAAAGACGAGAGUUCGAAGAAAAAUUCAAUGCGUUAAUUAAAAAACCAACAAAGAGAAGAAAAAACAAUGAUGUUGAUCUAGAGGCCAUGCAAGAUGAAGCAAUUUCUCAGCUAAAAAAUAUGAUGAAAGAGGCAGCAUACAUGGAUGUCGAUUGCGUUAAUAAUAAAAAACCCGCUACCAAUAAAUUGAAAUUAUUACCUCAAGUUAAGGAAACAUUAAUCCGGUCUAACCUCUAUGAUUCAAUUCUAGACAACAAUAUGUUGGAGGCUGUUAGGAUUUGGCUAGAGCCAUUGCCAGAUGGGUCGUUGCCAUCCUUUGAAAUCCAAAAGGCGUUGCUUAAUGAAUUAACUAAGUUACCAAUUAAAACCAUUCAUUUAAGAGAAUCCGGAUUAGGGAAAGUGAUGAUCUUUUACCAAAAAUCCAAGAAAGUUGAUUCUGGAUUGAAGAGAAUAGCAGAAAAGUUGAUUGGAGAUUGGACAAGACCAGUCAUGGGUAGAUCAGAUAAUUAUAGAGCUCGUGAUAUUCCAACAGCCAAUUUUGAUAUCAUACAGUUUCAACAAAGGACAAAGCUACAACAAAAAGCUGAUGAUAGUAAGAAUACAAGGAAAUCAUUAUAUCAAGAAAGUGCAGAUAGAAGAAAAAGGGCAGCUGCUCCUGAAGCUAGAACAACGGUGUAUACAAUUGCACCUCAAUCUAACUUAACUGCUAUUCAAGCAAGUAACCACAGCGUUUUAAAUAUGGGAGCUGCUUCAUCCCUUCACAGAGAUGAAAGGUUCAAGGGACUAAAUAGGAAACUGACCAAACUGUCGCAGAAAAAGAAAGGCACAAAGAAGGAUGGUGUUUCUAUCGAAGGUAGAGGAUUAAACUAUUGA